AUGCUGAGAAAAGGAAUGUUAUCCCAGUACCGCGCUGAACCUGAGAGUAGGGCAAGUGAAGAGGGUGGGUCAAAAAUAAUGACCGGAAAUAUCGCAAACGAAGAACUACUGGAGAUCAACACCAUCCAUAGUCGACCGAAUCCCGUGGAAGGAAAAUGGGCUCAAUCCCGAUUCGAAAAAAGACAGGCUGAAAAGGUGAGAUGCAUAAAUGGAAUCAUAUUCGCCUCUAAAUCUGCCAAAGCCUUGGAAAAUAUUAGAGUCAUCUCAUUCACGCAGAAAUACAUGGAAGGAAUUGAGUUCCCUCACAAUGAUGCAUUAGUGGUGACCCUCCGCAUUGCCAAUUCGAUGGUAAAAAGAGUGAUGAUCGACGGGGGGAGUACCGCAGACAUCUUAUUCUGGAGCACCUUCCAAAGAAUGAAGCUGGAUGAAAAGGAGAGUCGACCAAACCCAACACCGAUCUACGCAUUUGAAGGGACGAAAGCACAACUGAUUGGAGACGUGACUCUACAGAUUCACCGAAUGGAUGGAGAAGCAUCGACACGUUGCCAAGUGAUGAGAUGCAUAUCCGAGGAUGGCAAAACCACAGUUGAUAUCAAAGGGGAUCAAGUGGAGGCCAGAAGAUGCUACAUCAUAACAACUAAUCUUAAGGCUGCGACCUCGUAG